GCUAAUAAUUCCUUGAUCUUUUGCUCCACCCAUUGUCAGAGCAACCAUUGCUACUACAGUCUAGAGCUAAAAGAAUUUGGUAUCUUUGGUGGUCGAGAGAGGUCUACAGGGAUGGCGAGCUGCAGCAUGGCAUCUGCUGCAUCAGCUUUUGGUUUAACACCAAAUGCAGUCAGCUCCAACACGAGCACAGCCCACAAGAGCACUUUUCUCUUCUUGCUUCCUUCCAAGAACAACGCCACCAGCUGUACAAGGCUUGUCGUACGCGCCUCCGAAGAGACAGCACCAGCCGCAGCUGCUACUGCACCGGCUGAACCUGCAGCUCCCGCACCUCAGGCUGCCAAGCCACCUCCAAUCGGACCCAAAAGAGGAACUAAGGUAAGAAUCCUAAGGAAGGAGUCAUACUGGUACAAGGGCGUGGGAUCGGUUGUAGCUGUUGAUCAGGACCCCAAGACUCGCUAUCCAGUUGUUGUGAGGUUUAACAAAGUGAAUUAUGCUAAUGUAUCUACCAACAACUAUGCAUUGGAUGAAAUCCAAGAAAUUGCAUAAUGCCCUAUGCCUUGAAUGUUAUACCCCCCCCUGUAUUUGUUCGGCCUCUUAUAUAGCUGUGUGUUUGUGAAUGUGUUAAACAGUUAAUGACACUCUUUCGCAGUUAGUUCUUGAUUUUCCAAGUACUGUCUGUGUACCUUCAA